AUGUUUCGCAUUCCUGCUACCAGUCGACAAACCCUGUCAGUCAUGUCAAUCUCUGCGUAUGCUCGUCGUCUCGCGACUCGAGGCAUCUCGACAUCUAGUGUGCUUCAGCAGGAGGCAGUUGGGACCGUAGGUAAUGUCACCGUCAACCGGCCUACCGGGGGAUUCCGCAUUUUAGGCUUUUUGUUUGGAUUCUCGUUUGCAUCAGCAUUGUCAAUCUACUACCUACAACAAGAAAGCAAGAAUGCGUCUGCUUUACUCUUAUCUAGUAUAGAAGAACUUCAGCAGGGUACUGGCAAGAUCACAUCACAUCUCGAACGUCUUCAAAGUGUAGAGAAGGAAGUGGCUGCUCUUAAAACUGCUGGUGCAAACAAAAACGAUGUUACUAAGGUCCGUGGGGAGAUGAAGAAAGUCUACGACGGUCUUCAUAUGGAACUGCUGGACUUGAGGGCACAUGUGUGGGGAGUAGAACAGGACCUGCAAAAGGCUGUAAAAAUGGAAUCGAUAAGAAUCUAG